AUUCUAAACUAAACCCUAAACCCGAAGCCGCCAUGGCCGCCGCCGUUCGCCACCUCCUCCGCCGCCGCCUCUCCACGGCCGCCGCCACCGCCGCGGCCCCCACCCCGGGCUCCAUCCUCAACCCGUCCUCCCCGAACACCCCCCUCUCCUCGCUGCAGAAGACCCGCCUCGCCAUCUCCCUCCUCAAGUCCUCCCCGCCGCCGCCCCCCGACCAGAUCCUCUCCAUCUGCCGCGCCGCCGCGCUCUCCCCGGAGACCCACAUCGACCGCGUCGCGCUGUCGCUCGCCGCGUCGAAGCUCUCCUCCGCCCCGGACACCCUCCGCGACCUCACCUCCACCGUCCUCACCCCGCGCCACGCGCCCCACGCCAUCGUGCUCUUCGGCCAGGCCGGCCUCCUCCCCGAUGCCAUUUCCACUUUCCAGUCCUCCCCCUCCACCCGCUCCCUCAACGCCCUCAUCUUCGCGUGCAUUGUCUCCAAGAACCACACGGAGGCCGCCCGCAUCUUCCAGACGUUCCCGGACGCCCAUGGUGUGAAGCCCAACACCGAGACCUUCAACACCAUCAUCAAAUCCUUUGCCGAGUCCGGCACCAUAAGGUCCUUCUAUUCGGUGUUCGACGAAAUGUGCAAGAAGGGUGUGAAGCCGGACGCCAGAACAUUUACCACUGCACUCGCUGGUUUCUACAAUGAGGAGCGGUUUGAUGACGUGGCGAAGGUGAUAGAGCUCAUGAAGAAGCAUGGUUGUGGCGAGACACUUCCAGUGUACAAUGUGAGGGUGAGGAGUUUGUGCAAACUCGGUCGGAGUGGUGAGGCGAAGGCGUUAGUGAACGAGAUGGUGAAAAAGGGCACAAAGCCAAGCUGGGUGACUUACAACCAUUUGGUUUAUGGAUUCUGUAAGGAGGGGGAUUUGGAAGAAGCAAAGCGUCUGUACAAGGAGAUGGGAAUGAAAGGGUUGGUUGGGGAUUGCAACUUCUACUAUAUGCUCAUUCAUUUCCUUUGUCGUGGUGGAGAUUUUGAUACUGCGCUUGGAUUAUACAAUGAGAUAGAACCGAAGAAUUGGGUGCCAUGCUUCUCGACCAUGAAGAUGCUUGUGAAUGGGCUUGCUGGGAGCUCAAAGAUCGAUGAGGCAAAGGGGAUUAUUGAGAAGAUGAAGGAGAAGUUCCCGGAUAAUGAGGGGUGGAAGGAGGUGGAGGCGGCAUUGCCUCAAUAGAGUAAGAGAUCUAUGGUCUCUCAGAAUAUUUGCCAGUGCUGAAGACAUUGUUGUUGGUUGGGGACUGGGACUGCGUCAAUAUCUCUUCAGCUGUUCGAGCAUAUGGAGCUUUAUUCUGGAUACAUUUUUAUAUAAAUGUGAAAUAUGCUAAUAUGGGAUAAUGUUUCCUCAGCCGUUUGAAGAGAUUGUGGAAAGCUAAUGCAAGGUGUUUUAGGGGAUGUUUGUUUCUUUA